AAAGGGUUUUAUAGAUACGUUCGUGAAGAGAGAAUCUCGAUCUGCCGCAAGCCGAAAAAAACCCUAGCAGCAGAAAGGGAAGAAACAGAGCACAACCAUGGCGACGCAAGAUGUAAGGACUCUUUCGACUAAAGAAGCUGACAUUCAGAUGAUGUUGGCUGCUGAAGUUCACCUCGGUACUAAGAAUUGUGACUUCCAAAUGGAGCGAUACGCUUUCAAGCGCCGUAACGAUGGUAUCUACAUCAUCAACCUUGGAAAGACAUGGGAAAAGCUUCAAAUGGCUGCCAGGGUGAUUGUUGCUAUUGAGAAUCCUCAGGACAUCAUUGUUCAAUCUGCCAGGCCUUAUGGACAGAGAGCUGUCUUGAAAUUUGCUCAAUAUACUGGUGCACAUGCUAUUGCUGGACGUCACACCCCUGGAACUUUUACCAAUCAGCUUCAGACCUCAUACAGUGAGCCACGACUCUUGAUUCUCACUGAUCCAAGAACUGACCAUCAGCCAAUCAAGGAAGCUGCACUUGGGAACAUCCCAACUAUUGCUUUCUGUGACACUGAUUCUCCAAUGCGUUAUGUUGACAUUGGUAUCCCUGCCAAUAACAAAGGAAAGCACAGCAUUGGUGUUCUUUUCUGGAUCUUAGCAAGGAUGGUACUCCAGAUGCGUGGGGCCAUUAAUCAAGGACCUAAAUGGGAUGUUAUGGUUGAUCUCUUCUUUUACAGAGAGCCUGAAGAGGCAAAGGAGCAAGAAGAGGAAGUGCCAGCAAUUGCAGAUUAUGCAGACUACUCUGCUAGUGCUGCCCUUGGUGGUGACUGGACUAGUAGCCAAAUCCCUGAGGCGCAAUGGACUGCAGAUACUGCAGCACCUCCAGUAGGUGGUGGUUGGGCUGGAGAUGGAGCAGCUGAUGGCGGAUGGGAUGCAGCAGCUGCCCCUGCACCAGUUCCUCUACCAGUACCAGAUAUUGCCCCUACCUCUGGUGCUACAGGCUGGGAAUGAGCCUUUUUCCUUUAAGCUCUUCAUCCUUUUUUGGAUAAAGAUUAGAUAUUUUGAGUUCUACAAUAGAUGGUUUUUUAAAUGGCACAGUUAAAAAGGAUUUUGACUUCGUGGAUGUACUGAAUUAUUUAAUCAUUGCUAGUGCAGUGUUUCUUUGGAGAAUCUGGAAGUGCUUUUGUUUUGAAAGUGGAAAAGCAAAUUUUUGUUGUCGUCGUA